UCCGGCGGCUCGGAAUCCUAGGCUGCGGAGGAUUCCGGUGCAAACUCCAGACUCUCCUCCCGCCCAGCCGUCCCUUUCCAAAGACACGCCGAACACACCUUAAACCCUGUUCCAGAGCGCAGUUCAGAGCGCAGUCCAGAAAGGCAGCUCCGCAGCGCGGGCCCGGGCCGGGGUCGCGCAUCUCCAACCGGUGACUCAGGGCCGCUCGGUCCGGGGGUGGGUGGAGGUAGGCGGGACAGACCAGGGCCGCGCGCGGGCAGCCGCCAGGAGCUCGGUCGCCGAGCCGUUGGAGCCGAGACUGGCUCUGGCCCGUCGCCAUUCCGCCGCGGGCGUCUGCCUCGCCGGGCCUUCCUCCGGCGCCGCUUUGCACCCGCUACGCUCCUCUCUCGGGGCGCAGCGGCCCCGCAGCCGGCCGGGGCUGGAGCGGGGGGCGGGCUCUGCGCGCGAAUGAAUGGGUGCCCGCGGGAGGCGCGCGCCUCGGACUGAAGGGCAUUAGGACCGUGAGGAUCGCUCCGUGCUCCUGUCUCUCCCUAUCCCCCCCCCCAACCCCCCACCUCUCUCCUUUUUCUGCUCUGCGGGACUGAGCAGCCCGGCGCGAGCGAAAACAAACAGCUGAGGCUGCGAGUGCCCCCGCCCCGGCUCCAAGAGCACGCCGGCCCGGGCCCCUACUCCGGGCGCCCAGCCGCCCACCAUGAGGAAGAUCCGCGCCAAUGCCAUCGCCAUUCUGACCGUAGCCUGGAUCCUGGGCACUUUCUACUACUUAUGGCAGGACAACCGAGCCCACGCAGCAUCCUCCGGCGGCCGGGGCGCGCAGAGGGCCGGCGGGAGGCCGGAACCGCUCCGGGAGGACCGCACCAUCCCGCUCAUUGUGACAGGAACACCCUCGAAAGGCUUUGAUGAGAAGGCGUACCUGGCAGCCAAGCAGCUGAAGCCUGGAGAGGACCCCUACAGACAGCAUGCCUUCAACCAGCUGGAGAGCGACAAGCUGAGCCCUGACCGGCCCAUCCGGGACACGCGCCAUUACAGUUGCCCAUCCGUGUCCUAUUCGUCGGACUUGCCGGCCACCAGCAUCAUCAUCACCUUCCACAACGAAGCCCGCUCUACCCUCCUGCGCACGGUGAAAAGCGUCCUGAACAGAACUCCUGCCAGCCUGAUCCAGGAGAUCAUUCUAGUGGAUGACUUCAGUUCAGAUCCUGAAGACUGUCUUCUCCUGACCAGGAUCACCAAGGUCAAAUGCCUGCGCAACGACCGGCGGGAAGGGCUGAUCCGGUCCCGAGUUCGCGGGGCAGAUGUGGCCGCAGCUGCUGUCCUCACCUUUCUGGACAGCCACUGCGAAGUGAACACCGAGUGGCUGCAGCCCAUGCUGCAGCGGGUGAAGGAGGAUCACACCCGCGUGGUGAGCCCCAUCAUUGAUGUCAUCAGUCUGGAUAAUUUUGCCUACCUUGCUGCAUCUGCUGACCUUCGGGGAGGAUUUGACUGGAGCCUGCAUUUCAAGUGGGAGCAGAUCCCUCUGGAGCAGAAGAUUGCCCGGACAGACCCCACCAAGCCCAUAAGGACGCCUGUCAUAGCUGGAGGAAUCUUCGUGAUUGACAAGUCUUGGUUUAACCACUUGGGAAAGUAUGAUGCCCAGAUGGACAUCUGGGGGGGAGAGAAUUUUGAGCUCUCCUUCCGGGUGUGGAUGUGCGGUGGGAGCUUGGAGAUCGUGCCCUGCAGCCGGGUGGGCCACGUCUUCAGGAAACGGCACCCCUACAACUUUCCUGAGGGCAACGCCCUCACCUACAUCAGGAAUACCAAGCGCACUGCAGAGGUGUGGAUGGAUGAAUACAAGCAGUAUUACUACGAGGCCCGGCCCUCGGCCAUAGGGAAGGCCUUCGGCAGCGUGGCCACGCGGAUCGAGCAGAGGAAGAAGAUGAACUGCAAGUCCUUCCGCUGGUACCUGGAUAACGUCUACCCAGAGCUCACCGUCCCCGUGAAGGAAGUGCUCCCCGGCAUCAUUAAGCAGGGGGCUAAUUGCUUAGAAUCCCAGGGCCAGGACACGGCUGGUAACUUCCUGCUCAGCAUGGGGACCUGCAGAGGGUCUGCCAAGAGCCCGCCGGCGGCUCAGGCGUGGCUGUUCAGUGACCAUCUCAUCCAGCAGCAGGGGAAGUGCCUGGCUGCCACUUCCACCUCCAUCUCCCCCGGGUCCCUUGUCGUACUGCAGGCGUGCAACCCAAGAGAAGGCAGGCAGAGAUGGAGGAGAAAAGCCUCUUUCAUCCAGCAUUCAGUCAGCGGCCUCUGCCUGGAGGCCAAGACCACCCAGCUGGUGGCCAGCAAGUGCCAGGCCGACGUCCCAGCCCAGCAGUGGCAGCUGCUGCCUCACACAUGACCAUAGCCUGGGGCCUCCUGUACCUUUUGCAUGAGACUUUGGGACCGGAAGGGGGUUAGGGUGGGGGAGUGUAAAGCGGGCCGUUUCCAUCUCCUCACAUUUCUGCCGGAAUCAUCAGCAAACACCACUGCCACGACACACGAGUCUCCAAAGCUUGUACGGGGAGGACGCAGGGGUGAUGCCCUGCUGCCCUGGCCGCCACCCCAGCCUUGCCUGGGGAGAGGAGCAGGUCAGGAUGCUGGACUGCUACUGCGCAGAGACUGGGCAGGAGCCCUGGCCCUUUGUUACCUCCCUUCACCCUUCCGAGGUCUGGACAGUGGUUGGGGGCCUCCCCUUGUUGGCUGGGGAGAACAAGGGCAGCAGCCCACACGGGUCCCGCUGGGCCAGGGGUCUGCCUGUGGGAUCGGGCACGAGAGGAGAAUGUGGGCAGUGUGGACGGGGGGGCAGGCUGAAGGCGGAGGAAGGGGCAGCCUGCCGGGCAGGUGGAGAACAGCAAGAGGUAAGCAGCUCAGUGGCCUGUCCCAGGCAGCUGCUGGGUUGGGGGCGGGAGGGAUAGGAUCCAGGGCAAAGGAUGGGUGAUCUGCAGAAAGACGAGGACGGAAGAGCAGCAUAGCACUGAAAAGGCUGGGUCUCUCCCCGGGGACCUAAUUCCUCCCACACGUACCGGCCCCAGGGACAGUGCCUCCGGUCCUGCGCUCUGGUUUCCACGCCUCAGCAAGGGGCUGAAGGGGGAUCUCCAGGGGCAGCCUCAGGACACAGUUUAUUAAACAGAUCCCACUUCUAUGUGGAUACGCUUCAGGACAAGACCUCUCCCUUGGGCCUUAAAGACCAGCGGGUGCCCUGGCUCCCUGCCCGGUCGUAGCGUGUGGACCCCAUAAGGACAGACACCACUGAACAGGCCCAUCCCUCUUAGUUUUUGACUCCUGCCUUCUCAAAAGCCCUUGCCUCUGUAGAUACAGCGUUACAGGGUCGGGGGCAGGGUGGUAAGCAUGGGACCUCCAUUCUGGAGCAUCCCUAGGUCAUGGCUAAGCCAGCCAGGCUGGAACUUGUCCUCACCCCGCCCCACUGCAGGAAGGAGGCCCUUGGGGCUCGGCUGCUGCAGUGGCCUGGAGGCUGGCUGGAGGCCCCAGUCUGUGCAGAGCUCCCAGUUCCUUCUCACAACCACUGGGAGUCUCUCCCCUCCCCCAGGGCCUGGUCUUGGAACCGCUUCUGCUGUUUCCCACGUUCCUCUUCCCCCCGCCCCGCUGGCUCAGGCAGUGUGAUCUUAGGGAAAAGACUGGUGGUACCAGGAACCCUGGUGGGUCUCCCACCCAAAGCAAAUCAGCCUGGAACCCCUAGGGAGUUCAUGGAUUCCAGAAGACCUAGGAAUGUCCUGAAAUGGUCCCCCAAAUAUUGCAUUGUGUGCAUAUAUGCAUUUUCCUGAGGAGAGGGUCCAUGGAUUUCCCCAGCUUCUUACAGAGGUCCCUGAUCGCCAAACGGUCUGGAUUGGAGCUACCAGUCACUGGAGCUGCCAUGCCCCUCCCCCUCCCUGCUGUGCCUCAACUGCUGUGGUCCUGCUCCCUCCAUGCAGCCCUUGGGGCCGUGGUGCCCACACCCACCCUGGAGGGCUCUCGGUGGUUUCCUCUCACCUCCUGGCUCUGGCUGGCGUGCUCUCAGCAGUGCUCCUGUGCCCUAGCCUGAACCCCUGCGCUCCCCAGCACGGAGCCCUUGGCCCCCAGGGCAACACUUCUCCCAUCCUCUGUGUGAUGUUUCAUCCACCGCCAUCUCCCUUGUGAGUUUCCACCCCAGUGGGUAGUGUGGACCUUUGGGGACAGGGAACGUGGGCAUCUCUCAAUGAAUGUAAGAGGACUGCUGCUCAGAGAGCCUUUGAGAGGGCCCCCUCCUUUCCUGUGAUCAAACCAGGCUCAGCACUUGUCAGCUGUCCUUUGGGACGCAGCCCUAUUCUGUUUUGCUUUUCCUCUUCCUGACCAAAGCAUGUGCCACUCGCUGCCCCUGAGGACCUCAUCUUUAUGAAGAACUCCUGGAAUAAAGCCACUUCUCACAUGCA